GACCAGGAGUCUGUGCAAAAGAACAGUUCACAUCAAAAGGAAAUGGAAAGGUGUUUGCCAUACCUUGGUCCAGUGGAAAUAUAUGUGGACAAGAGACAAUUGUGAAGUUUUAUUGUUGCCAUGGCUAUAGCAGUAUAACAGGAGAAAGAGGUUGCCCUGUAGUAAAGCCGUUAACUAAUCUUCUUGAUACAGCACGUACAUUCGAAGCCUCUGAAUUUGUUCGCCAAGUGGAGCUACAGGGUCUCAUAUCCCUGUUAGCUAAGAGAGGAGCCUAUACUCUUUUCGCAGCGCAUGAUAUGGCAUUUGACAACCUUAGUAUUAGGGGAAAGGAAGAAUUAGAAGAAAGUAUAAGGUCUAGACAACAACCACCCGUGCUUCUGUAUGCUGUUGUAGAACGACGACAAUAUUCUUACCAGUUACAGGAUCAAAUCUCAUUACCUACACUCUUUGGGGAAGCCGCGUUACGCUUUCGACGUUAUCCAAAUGGACUUGUUACUGUCAACUGCAUACCCUUGGUUGCCAUGGAUCUGGAAGGGAAUAAUGGAAUUAUCCACCUGACACAAAGUUUGUUACUGCCACCUCGGUACUUAACAGUCACUGAUCUGAUUGUUCGUCAACCACAGCUUAGUAAAACAGCUGCUGCCAUAAUCCAAGGUCAAUUAACCAAUCCUUUGAGAGAAAAAUCAACUGUAACAGUAUUUGCACCAAUAAACAAAGCAUGGGAUAUCCUUGCAGAAUCAUUUGUUAAAGAUCUACUUGCUGAUAUUAGUGCCUUACAAGAUCUUCUCAAAUACCACAUAAUUGAUGACAUCUGGUGUCAUACAGCUGCAACAGGUACUCACACUAUCCAUUCUAUAAAUCACAAGCCACUGGAGAUCACUUGCAAUAUAUCUGAGACAAUCGUGGGAGGUGCUAGGCUUCUAGAUGAUGGGCAGUUUACAGGCAAUGGUGUUGUAUAUUCUGUAGACAAAGUGUUGCUACCACAGAAAGUUCUACCUCUCACAACUGUAGCAGAGAAUUUGGGCCUGAACACCUUUCUUGAGCUUCUAAACCAAACUGGCUUGAUAGAAAACCUGCAAUCUCGUGGAGCUUUCACUUUGUUUGCUCCCACAGAUGAAGCAUUUGCAGAAUUACAGCCUUAUAUUUUCAACCAAUCAGCAAAUAAUCCAGGUUUUGAAAGGAGGAUCUUGGAGAUGCAUAUUGCUUUAGGAAGCCAUCUAUCUGGAUCCCUUGUGGAUGGACUCGUACUUAGUGGGGUAGCAGAGGAGUCUUUUUUAUAUGUCAAACUCCACAGAAAGCGGCUCAGUGUGGGGCUUGCCAUUGUUACUGAUCCUGACCAUGAAGCAAGGAAUGGAGUGCUACAUAUAAUUGAUCGUGUUUUGCUUCCAACACAGAACACUGUUGGCACACUUCUUCUUUCACAAUCCAAUGUCAGCAUCUUUACUAGUUUGCUGAACAGUACAAAUUCUAGCCUACUUGAGGUGUUAGAUGAUCCAAAUACUAUUACUACCCUUUUUGUUCCUGAGGACUCCAGCUUUGAAUACCUAGCAUCUGGACUAAUAGAAAGACUACAAGCUGAACCAGAAAUCCUUGAAAUGAUUCUGAAAAAUCAUUUUGUGUCAGACCUGGUCAUUAGUGGUGGUUUGGAACCUCUUCUGUUUUAUCAAUACAACACUUGGAAUGACCGCUUUAUUACAAUUCGAGAAGAAGAAUCAGGAUCUCUAACUGUGGCAAAUCAAGCAGAGGUAACAGAGAAAGACAUAGCAGCACGAAAUGGAGUAAUCCAUAAAAUAUCACGCUUAAUCCAAUUUUCCUAAUCUGCACUGUAUUUUGAGUCUCUGAUGUUUUUUCAAGAUUACUGUAAAGGAACAAAAAUGUUUAAAAAGAGUUAUUUUUUAACAUAAGGAAAACAUAGCUUAUAAAGAAAAUGACUUCCUCAGAUUUAUUCAUUUAAAAUUGACUGCUUGGCUUUUAUAAAUGUUAUUGAAUUAUUUUAUACUACUGUGUGAUGUCCAGAAGACACAUUAAUAAUACAUGUUUUAGAGCAUGUUAGGUAGUCACAGAAGUCAACUCUCUCUCUCUCUCUCUCUCUUAUACUCUGUAGCAAAAGCUGAAGAACCAUAUUAUACAAGUUCUUCAUUAUAUAUGUAAGUUAACACAUCAAGCUUUUGGAAUUUUUCUUACAUGUGCUUAACAUGUUUCAGUUAAUCAUUAUCAUUGUAAUAUUAAUUUACAAAAUGUGAAACUGCAUAUUACUUGCUUUUAUACUCACUACAUGUGCUUCAUUUAAAUAUACUAAAAUAAUCACAGGCAGAUUCCUUCAUUUAAUUACCAAGUAUCCUAUGGUUAAAAAACCUGUAUUAUGCUUUAAAUUACUUAGUAUUCAAUAGUUUUUCUCAUGAUCUAACUUCAUUUUAUUCUACAUGUUCCAACAUUGAAGUUGUUGUACAUCUAGAAUUAAAUGUUUUGCUAGAGCUAUUUCAGAUACAAUAUUAUAACAACAGAAACAUUUACUUCCUUGAACAGAUUUUUGUACAAUAAUAUUGAUAAACCAAUGGUUUUAUUUCAUUAAGGUUAGCAAGUCAGUGGUUUGUGGGUAAAAUGUUUUGAUUUCUUAAAAUAAUUAAACCAAGUGCUGUGUUUAUAUAUUUUUAGACUUUAUGUAAAGCAGCAAAGCUAUACCUUUAAGCUAGACUUUAUGUUACAUUUGACAGUUUCUAAUUUACUGCAAACUCAAACUUUACCAGUAGUAUUUGACUAUUUAUGUUUUAUUUUUUCUGAGUAAAAGUGUUUUGCUGUGGUAACCUGGCAUUCAAAUUGAGAAGAAAAAAAAAUCAAUUUUUUUUUCUCUCAUUUAUAUAGGCAGUUGAUAACCACGAUUUUCUUCUUAAACUUAGGAAACACUGUGUUUACCUAAUACCUGUUUGCUAAGUUCUGUGUCCUGAGUAAUUAUAAUUUUUGUAAUAUUUGCUAAUGUUUGUUUAAGUACACAGAAAAAUGUUGAAAGUUUAAUAAUUUGAAAUUGUUAUGGAAUUUUUUCUGUAUUUUAAUGCACACAGAAUGUAUAAUUAACAUCAGUGCAUAAUAACUAUACUAUAAGUGUUCAUAAAUAUUUCUACUUAAAAUAUUACUUCUCUAUCUAAAACACAUGUAAGUAUGCAAAAGAUUGCUAUUAAUUGAAUUUUGGCAUGAUAAAAUUAAAAUUCAACAUAUCAAAAGCUGCUCGUGCUAGUUCAAAAUUUGGAAGAUUUAGUGGUGAGGUAGUGAACUAAAUUCUAUUUGAUAAUUAAAAGUAUGUAAGGUGUUUAAAACUUGUAAUUAGUCCAUUGUAAUAUACAAGCUUUAAUCAUUUUAGUGGAAAAGAUAUACCAUUCUUAUCUACCAACCCACUUUAAUUUGGUAAGAUACAUUGUAAAUAAAGCUUAGCCAAAAAAGCUUCAUUUCUUAAGAGAAUGGCUAAACCUGGUAUGUGCACUUCAUUGAAUUAAUUCAGUCAGUCAUAUAAUAGUUUAUCCUUUACUAUUGAAAUGUGUAUUAAUUUUGAUCUAUAUUUAUAUAGUUUAAUUCUAUCUGAAGAACAUCAUAUAUUGGUUUUGAGAAUUUCCUUCUGAUUUUUGUUUUAAUUUUUUAAUUACUUGCAGCAAAAUAUGUUUAGUGUUUAGUCAAUUAUAAAAUCACAGAAAGUCUGUUAUCAGUUUAUAGUUAACAGUUAGAACCUUCAUCCACAUUUGUGAUAAUAAGAUCAGUUAUUAAAACUUGUGGAAAAAAAAUAGUUUAUCAUUAUCUCCCAUAAAGCUUUUCACCUUUUAUUUCUAAUAUUUUUUACAUGUUAUAUUUUACUGUAGUGCUUCACAGUAGCCAUGGCUAGCUUUGUACUGAUGGUCAGUACAUCCUAAGUUUAAACUAAUACAAAAGCAGUAAUAUAGGCAUUCUUAUCAUGCUCUGCUUAUUUACUGGGAGUUGCUAGGCUAUUGUUGAAAUUACAUAUAACCAGAAUACCUGACCUGGAAAAUUAUUAAAUUGUAACACUUUGUAUUUUGAAAAGCACAUGUGUCCUAUGCUUUCUGAAUGGCAUUAUAUACACACUUCAGUCUAUGUAACCAAACACUGAUGUGUAGUUAUUGCUAUUUUCUGGUUUCUUUUAUAUUUUUGUAAAUGUUGAAUUACAAGAGUAAUUUUCCUUUUCACCUUGACUUAAAAAGGUCUUGGCAAGGGAUGAAAAAAAACACCCAAAAAGCCAGGUAUUUGCUUAAAUUAUAAUAGAGUUACCAUUGGGUUAAUAGCAUCUUAUCAAGUAUUAGAGGACUUUUCCUUUACUGAUUUUUCAAAUGUUUACAUGUAACAUUUACAUAAUAAAAAAAAAAACGUGAAAUAUCUAAUAAUAUGGGUUAGCAUGUUUUGAGAUGUAUCCUUUUAAAUAAUAAACAAGU